AUGUUAGAACCCGAAAAGGUAGUAGAGAAGGAACAAUUGAGAAAAGAUAGGGGAAAAGUUCCACUCCUCAGAGGUAAGAUAAACAUUGUUUUCUUUCUGGUGUUCCCGCUUGUGUCAUACCUGUUUGUAAAAUACGAUAUUGUUUUGGAUAAAUUGGCGUUUAUCAUAUUUCUGACAUGCGCAGCAUUCAAUUAUCUAUCAAGCAUCAUACUCCACUGCAAAAUCUGGGACCAGGAACUCUACUCAAUACUAAGGAAGAUAGACUACGCAGGAAUAUUUCUAAUGAUCGGUGGGUGCGGUUUGCCGGCAUACACUGUGUUGAUGAGCGAUAAUUCCGUAAUAAUUUGUGCAGUCUUCCAUUACAUAGUCCUUUUCAUAGGAGUCUUCUCGUCCCUGAUUUACAACUUCUGCUAUACCUCAAAGCCUACUAGGUCUAUUGUUUAUGUGUUAUCAUCAUUACCAUAUUUUUUUGUAUCAUAUCAAAUUCUGUUCAAACUCAAGAGUACUCAAGUUUUCCUAUUUUUACUUUUGGGCGGUACCUUCUAUUUAAUGGGAGCAACUGUUUACGGUUCGAAAUUUCCGAACCUGGUGCCUGGGGUGUUCGAAUAUCACGAGCUCUUCCACGUGUUUUGUAUAUUAGGAUUCACAUCUGUAUCGAUAUCACACUUUUUACUCUUCAAAAGUGGUGGCCCUAAUCUGUUCAAUAAAUUUAUACAGGCAAAAGUACAACACAUGCAGACUUGA